CCAAAACCUUCCUCAAAUCCAACCGCCCGCCCAAACCCACCGCCGUCUCGGGGGGUCUCGCCCUCCCGUCCCCAAUCGCGAAACCCUCUCCGCCGCUCGCCGGCGAUGGAGGCGCCGGACGAGGAGGCUGGAUUGGGGUUACCCGAGGGCGAGCGGCUGCUGGAGGUGACCCUCAUCUCCGCCCAGGGGCUCAAGCCCCCCUCCGGCCUGCGGCGGCGGCUGCAGGCGUAUGCUGUGGCCUGGGUGGACGCCGGGCACAAGCUCCAGACCCGGCCCGACACGGCGGGCGGGCUCGACCCGGCGUGGCACGCGCGGCUCCUCUUCCGCGUGCGCGAGGCCUCGCUCGCCGAGGACUCCCGCGCCGCUGUCUCCGUCGAGAUCUACGCGGCCGCCGCGGGCUCCUGGCACCUCGGCGGGGACUCGCUCGUGGGCUCCGCGCGAUUCCUGCUCGGCGACCACCGCCUCCUAUCCCGCCCCGUCGGCUCCCCCUCCAUGUUCGCGGUCGGCGUGCGCCGCCCCUCCGGCAGGGUCCACGGCCUCCUCAACGUGGCCGCGAGCCUCGUCGCGGUCCCGCCGUCCCCGGCCGCCUGCCACGCCCUCCACCUCUCGCCUGCCGUCUCUCUCAGCGGCCUCUCCGUGGCGCCCAACCCGAGCCGCGUGCUCCGCGUCCUCAACCGUGCGCACCCCAUACCUCCACCGUCCCCGAAGCUGCUUACGCCCAAGAAGCAGCAGAUGGUGGUCAAGCCGAACAACAAGGUCGCGGACGAUGGCAGCGAUGAGGAGGGGAGCGAGGAAGAGGCGAGGGGGAUGGGCGGGGUGAUGUUCUGCGGACCUUGCGUCUUACCGUAUCCAAGAAAGAUACACACAAGCCCCUCAGACGAGAACCUGCAGGCCUUCGCUCGCAUCUUCUCUGGCGGUCUCAGGCAUUGCCGAACGGAGCCCUCAUUGCCAAGCAGCCCGUGCAAGUAAGCUCCAUUCUUUGAGUUGAUUCCUUGUGAAGGGGGUCUGUUUCCUGUUGUGGGCAAUUAGCUUAUUGACGAUGAAGAUAUAGUGCUGAGUUGUAUCAUAGCAUCUCUUGUUAUCACUGAGUAUAUGUUACAUCAGAUUGUUUGGAUUUAAUGGAAGUGUAGAGUGUUAGAGCUGCAUAGACCAA